AUGAGUGUAUUAGGAUACUCGAGAUUAAUUUAUUUAUUUUUAUUUAUUAUCAAUGGAUUGGGCAAAAGUAGCAAUUCGUCUUGUAUGCCCACAAUUACCACAUGUGGCUAUACCGUCCCAUCGGGCGACAUCCAUUUAAGAUACGGUCACGAACCCUUAGAAAUAGUUUGCACGUUUUACCAGGACAUGUUCCCUCCCAAUGUAACAGCCAGUUCGAUAUUGUUUUUCAAAAAGGGCAAUGUUUCGAUUUAUCCGAACACACCGUACGAUAUCUUGGAUGAAAGUGCCGAAAGAGUGGAAGUUUUGAACUCUACGAGCAUAAGACUGGUUAUAAAGAAACCACAGAAGAUGAUUACAACUUAUAAUUGUGCUUGCAAUACAGCUCGGGCAGCUCCCGAGACCAAUGCAGAGAGUGCCUGUUCGAAUACCGUUGUUGUAGGAAUACCGCCUCAAAAUAUAACGGACUUUAAGUGUAUAGACGACAACUGGGAUAAAAUAUUUUGCUCUUGGACCCUUCCGAAUAAUUACGCAGUCACAACCUACGAUGUUUUCUAUACAUUUGGCUACACGAAUCCCCAUUUCUGUCGUUAUAAUGAUAGCAAAGUCCGGUGCCAUCGUCAUAAACAGUGUGACAGUAAGAGAUGUUAUAAAUCGAGUAAUAUUACGAAGCACAGGCCCAAGCCACACAAACAGGUGUAUAAUAGAACGAAAAAAUUUAGACCUAAGAAAGUGAACAACGUGACGGGCUUCCCAGCCACCGACAACAGCGACACCCGAAUGAACUUCACCAUAGGCCCGGGCGCGGGCAUCUUCGUCGAGAGCGAGCCCAAGUUCCAAUUCACCAUCAAAAUGAGCAACGUCUUCGGCAACAGCACGCACUCCCUCGUCUGGAACCACUUCAAAAACAUCAUCUUCCGCCCGCCGGGCGCGCCCGCCGGCCCGACGGGCCGAUCGCUCUCGCCCAGCGUCAUCAACCUCAAGUGGGACCUCUCGGCCAAAUUACCCGCCUUCCCCGACAAACUCCUGUACAAAAUAACGUACAAGUGCAACAUCUUCUGCGACGCCUGGAAGGAGGCGCCCGAUCUGCUCUACAAGCCCGAAUCGGCCGUCAAAUCGUUGCAAUACAACCUCACGCAUCUGGAAUUCGCCCACGUACUCUACGAUAUAAGAGUCAGGGUGAAAGUGGCGAAGGCUUCGGACGACACGCUGUCGAACUACAGCUCGGUGGUGGUGAAAACGCUGAGCAAAAUACCGGACCAUCCGCCGCGCACGACGAUCGGCUCGUUCCAGCUGGAAAACGACGAGGUGUACGUCUAUUUCCAGAAGAUACCGCCGCAGCGCGAGAACGGCGAGGGUUUCAGGUACGCCGUGGAGAGCGAGCCGCGACUCAACAUGACCGAAUUGACGUCGACCUACGCGAAAUUCGUCGGAUUGGAACAGGGCACGCGCUACACGAUGACUAUUCGUUCGCAGAACAACGUAGGGAAUUCCACCGGACAUUCCGUCGUGUAUAUUCCAAGCAAACCUGCGAAGAGACCGAUGAGAUUAUGGACGAUAGAACAUAGCAGUACCGAAUACGAAUUGGAAUGGAAACCGCCGCCUAACAAGCACGAAAUUAUGAAUUACACGUUGUUUUGGUGCGAACAACAGAAAGUCCGACCACACCCGUGCGAUGGAUUGUUGAAUUGGACGGUGAUACCGAACCACCUGACCAAAUACAACGUGACCGUACGCCCGACGAACCAAGUCUACCAAUUCGCCAUAGCCGCCAACGGGGCGAACGGCAGCAGCGGCAUGCUGUGGUCGAGCUGCACGUUGCUGACGAACCGGCGCGUGCAGAAGAUCAACCAGGUGAUCAUCAAGAGCGGCGGGCCGAACUUCAUCGAGCUGAACUGGUCGCAGGAGUGCUUCGAACUGAACAGCGACGUCGUCGGCUACGUCAUCUACUAUUGCACGACGAACAACGACGAGAUCGACGUGUGCGAUUCGCCGAUGCGGAACGUCACGAUCAACGCCACGCUGAGCGAGUACCAUUCGGAGAACGUGACCGGCCUGUUGCCUUACAGGACCUACUUGUUGGCGGUGAGCGCUAAAACGGCGACGACGAUCGGCGCUCGUUCGGACUUCGUCAGGAACAUCACGUCCGAAGCGGCGCCCUCCACGCCGCCGUUGGACGUCGAAGAUAUACCGAAUCUAAGGACGAAUUCUUCGGUGACCAUACGUUGGAAACCGCCGACGGAGUUGAACGGCAAACUCGAACGUUACAUUAUCAAAUACAACGAUCGGUUCGAUAACGCUUCGAGCGACGCUUCGAACCACACGCUGCGCGGCCUCGACAGCUACAAGAACUACAAGGUGUCGGUGAGCGCCUGCACGAAAUUCUGCUCGGCGUUUUCGCACGAGAUCGACGUGUUCACGAAGAUGGGCGUGCCGGACGCGCCGAGCCGGCCGUUCGUCGACAGCUACGACGACGACAGCGUGACGAUAUCGUGGAGCAAGCCGCACAAUCCGCGCGGCACCGUCAAGUACUACCAGAUCGUCGUCGCCGCGCAGAAGGACGAGAUCGCCGGCGACGUGAUCAACGGCACCGAUUCGGAGGUGUUCAGCUACCGGAAUUGCCGCGCCGACGGCGAGCCGGCCGGCAGGGGGAAGUACAUCCGGGUGAGGGCGGUGAACGAGAUCGGCAACGAGCAUUACCCCGGCGAAUGGAGCGAGCCGCUCAACAUCACCAACUGCAACCUCGGCGAUAAUUUGACGCUGUAUUUCGUUGUUAUUGGUAUCGUUGUGGCGCUCGUCGCGCUCGUGUGCAUCACGAAACGAGUGUACGACAAAUGCGCGGUGAUGAAACGGCUGGAGGUGGUGCUACCGCCGGGUCUCGCAUCGUUGGAGGACACCUCCGAGAAGGGCAAAACGGACAUCAACCGGUUCUAUCCCGACGAGGAAUUGUUGCUCGACAAGAUAGCGGAAAAAUGUCCGACGCGCGACUCGAGCGGCUGCAGCUCCGGCCAGGAGAGCAUCACCUCGUCCAACGAAUCCACCGCCCACUUGUCGAUCGACUCCGGCACCGAUCAAACCCGAAGCGUCGCCGACGAGAAGGAGAAUUCGCUUCGAUUACGAAACGUCUCCAGCAAAGGUUAUGUGUUGCACGAUCCCACGCCGACGGUGAACAGGGGCACGAAACCGGCGCCGAACGCGCCGGCCAACUACAUCGUCCUGGGCGUCGAUCCGGCGGCGAAACCGGCGCCGGACGCGUCGUCGCCGUACGUGACCGUCAGCGACGGCGACGCUCCGAACGACAAGCCGCCGGCGCCGGACUUCUUCAAGACGCCGAAUCCGGGCUACGUGCCGUUCUCGAACGCGCCGCCGGCCGGCAAGAACGCCGGCUACGUGCUGGCCGGCGAUCUGUCGCUGCCGGCCAUCGAGCCCAAGGCGACGGCGGGGUAUGUGGAGGCGGCGGCGGCGGCGCCGAAGCCGGUCGCGUGGCAACAGCCGGCGGUCGAGCCGUCGCUGACGAAGCCGGGGUACGUGAGCGUCGGCGAGGCGCCGGCGCCGGUCAAGGAGGCCGGCAAGGGGUACGUGCCGCACAGGCAGUUCGAGGUCAAGUCGCUGAAGGAGGACUAA